AUGGGACGACCCGCACUUAUCGACCUCGGCCUCACCAUCAGCUAUCGCACCCUCACACUGAAGUUCAGAACUCCCCAUGGGGUCGGCGCGAUACAGGGCGACCAGACUUCGGGACGAAACUGCUACGUCUCCGCCCUGAGAGGCAGAAAUAUUCCGGGGGAGACCCUCGUCGCAAGCGCCGGUCACCGCCCUCCUGAAUACAACCCGACCAGCGGCUACCGGCCACGACGCCAUGAGAGACCCAUGACAAUCACGGCUGGCAUAGCUCGGAGGGACGCCCCCAACGUCUUGCUUGAGAAACGGAGCCCUGUGAACAUCCUUUUUUCCUCGGCCUUGCCAGGGCUCGGGCUGGAAUCCCGAGUGCUUUUCCCUGCCAACGGCCGGCUGUAUUCUUUCGACGGAACGCAAGUGCGCGUCCUCGGCUACCUCAACCUCCUGGCCUCGAUAGGGCUUCUCUCGGCACAGGCCGGGAUGGUGGCAUGCUUCUUGAUAGUCGACCACCCGAGCCCAUACCUAGCGAUCUUCGGUCACCCUCUCUUGUGGACUCUGCGUGUCACUUUGUGUUACUACACACGAACGCUGCGCCUCCCCACGUUCCGGGGAACGACAACGAUAUUCGCCGAUCACCAGGGAGACAACAACCCUGUGUGCACCCUCUCCGCCGAAGGCCCACUACUCGGGCCCAUAGAAGACCCCCGAGAAGAAUGCCCGCGACCCCAACCGCUUGAAGACCUGGAAACCGUAGUCAUAUCCAAUGACCACCCGGACCAACCGGCCUCGGUCCCGCCGACCGCACCAGCCUCCUCGACUUCCUACGGAGCCACUCCGACUGCUUCGCAUGGUCGCAUGCCGAUCUACCAAGGAUUGACCCCCAGGUCAUCACGCACUGUUUGGGUAUCAAUCCGGAAGCCCGACCGAUCCGGCAAAAGCGUCGACCUUAUGACAACGUUCGGUAUUCCGCCAUGA